UUUCCUUCCUUACUGACUUACGCGCAUGACUUAACUGGGAAAGAGGGAUUAUCCUUUGUCAAGUAGUUAGAGCGCUUUUCGAUUGAGUGACGUAAAACCAGUUUUAAAGUUAUCGUAAUGGUCAAUCAGAAGAAGGGAAAUACUUCAAAGAGCCACUACCGAUAACUCAAAGCGAAAAACAACAAAACUGCCAAAAGCGCGGGAAGCCGCGGGAAAGCGCGGGAAAGCGCGGGCGACCAAGUCGUGAUUAGUUUUCAGGUUUUGCAUCUGAUAGGUUGAGAAAGUGGCGCGAGUGUUCUGGACCAAUCAUAGAGGAGGUAAAACUUGGAUUAGUUUCAACAUUGAGUUGAAAAUUUCUCUUUUUGAUACUGGCAAAAUACUCUGCAGGUUUGGGUUCGAUAACCGUUUCAUGUGCCAUUAUAGAAGGGCAUCUGCAGCCAAAGGAGACUUCACUAUCCUCAUACUGGGAGAGACUGGUGUGGGCAAGUCCACGUGGAUUAAUGGUAUUGCCAACUAUGCAAAGCAUGAGUCUCUCGAAGACGCCAUGAACGACCCUGAUUUCACUGUACUGAUUCCAUCUAGGUUUACUUUCACGAAUGAAAAUGGAGAAGGGAUGGACAUCGCCUUUGGGUCUGCUGAUGAUAAUGAAGUUCUCUCUAGUGGUCAAUCUGCCACCCAAUUCCCUCAGGAGUACCGACUGGAGACCAGCACCUCAAUCUUCCAUCUUAUUGACACACCGGGCAUCGGGGACUGCAGAGGCAUUGAGAAGGACAAGGAAAACUUCGAUAAUAUCUUGGCCUUUCUUACUUGCUAUGACAAGAUCAACGCCGUGGUUGUGCUUCUCAAGCCUAACAACGCAAGGCUGACAGUGGCUUUCAAGUUUUGCGUCUUGGAAUUGUUGACCCACCUCCACAAGUCCUUAGUUUCCAACAUCAUGUUUGCCUUCACCAACUCCAGAGGAACAUUCUACCGACCAGGAGAUAGCCUUCCAGUGCUAAAAAAGCUCCUCGAUGAGAAUAGUAUCGGGAUAGAUGUCUCUCCUUCGAAUUAUUUUUGUUUUGACAACGAAGCUUUCAGGUUUCUGGCCUGCCACAAGAGUGAAAUUAAGUUCACAGCUGAGGACGUAGAUCUCUACGCAAAAAGCUGGGUGAAGUCGUGUGAUACCACCUGCAGACUUUUCGAACGCGUGAAGAAUAUGACGCCUCAUGAUACUAAGAAGACCCUAAGCCUUAAUGAGGCGAGGAAUUGCAUCAUCGCCCUGAGCAAACCAAUGGGUCAGGCUGUGGAGCUUAUUGAGAUGAAUUUGAAGAAGAUAAAAGAUGUGAAAGGCCAGUGCCAGGCCUUUGAAAAAGACAUCAAGGACUUCCAGAAGGAACUAAAAUUUAAAGGCUUUGAGCUGGAGUUAGAACCCCUUGACUAUCCCAUGACAGUCUGUGCCGCCCCUGCUUGUAAGAGGUAUGUACCCGUCGGCCAAUCAGGUCAACAAAACACCGUUUAUGAGCAAGUAUGCCAUGAUCACUGUAAUCUCUCAGGAGUUCCAAUCGAGACAACCAAUAAUGACCAGCUUCAUGGCUGUUGGGCUAUGAUUGGUGGAGUGUGCAGACUCUGUGGACACAACUACAGAGAACACAUGCAUAUCCGCUACACAGCCAAUGUCGUUGAGAAGGAAUUCCUGUCUGAGGAAGCUCAGUCGAAAAUCAAGAAGAAAACCGACUUGAAGUCUCAAAAGCAAUUGUUCAUCAGAGAGUUGGCGACGAACAUCCAAGAACUUGAAGAGGAAAAGCAGUUCAUCUAUCGAUGUGCCAGCUACUUUGGUGUCUUCCUCAAGCAGAAUGCCAUGAUUGCCUACAACGACUCCUUUAGCGAGUACCUGGACAUGCUGAUCAGAGAAGAGGAGAUGAAAGAGAAGUUGAUUAGAGACGAAGCAAAGAUUGCCCAAAUGAAGAAGGACAAGAGAACGUAUGAGCAAAAGAAGAAUGUCAUCAUUGAAAAUAUCAAGAAAGUCCCAACGGAAGGCAAGAAAGCAGAGGUCAUUCCCAUAGAAAAGAUCUACGAAAUGAGAGAACAACUUUGUUCUCUGAAACACAAUGGAAAGACUCUACGAGAAGCUUUAGAUGGCAUCAUUUCAGCCAGACAGAAGAAUCACAAAACCAAAGCAGCAAGCAAGAGCUGCGUGUAUGCCAAAACCAACAAUUCCUGGCUUCCUGAAAUCUUCAAUAAGAUAAAUCCAUUUAGAUGGGGAAGCAGAAGCAGAGGCAACUUAAGCAUCUCUCAAUACUGAAAGAUUACAUUACAUUGAGGAGAAAACAGAUUAUAAUAUUCAUUUGUGUGUCUGUUACAAGAACCUUUCACGGAUGCAUUUGAAAGUGACAAAAAAGAAAAUGUUUAGUAAUUGCUCAGUUAUUUUGUUACGCUGGUUUAGUGUAGUUUUCGAAUUAGUGUCUUAAAACCAAACCAAUCCAAACGGCCAAAUAGAUUAGUGGUAGAUAGCGCAAAGAGCUAAUCAGAACUUAAAGUAAGUGCACGUGACUGGCCCCCAGCGCGGAUAAACUGACCUGACGCAAGUGAACAAGUCUUGACCAAGUCACAUUUAGUUUUAGCUUGAAUCUGAUUGGCUAAGAGGUUUCCGUUAGUUUCUUAGCAUAUUACAGAGCGCGAUGAAGGGGAAAUUUCCGUGGAGGCUCAGUAAGGACUUGCUCUACUCGGCAAGUAGAACUUUUUUUCGAUUGAGUGUCCUAAGAUCAAAACCGGGAAAAAACGAGUGACCUUGGUGCAAUCAGUCAUAGUUUUGCGUCUGUUUGGUUGAGAAGAUAGCGUGGGUUCUUUUUCACCAAUCAAUGAAUGGUGAAACCAGAACACCAUCGAAAUACCUGCGACACUCAUUUGAAAAUUUCUCUCUUAGGAGAGAACAGUAUAGAAAAAAAUUAAUGUUUGUUUAUAAUCAUGUAAUUCUGAUUUGAGUGCCCUGUGAGUUCAAUGUAACCCCAAUCAAACAUCCCCUUGAGAAUACUUUAAGCUACAAUAUAUUCGGUGCGCUGUCCAGUAAUGGACCGGCCAUACUAAUAAUACUCUUUUAGCGACGACUGAGCCCCCUCCAUCUUCCCCCCCCCCCCCCCCCCCCCC